CGCCGCUAGCUUCGGAUCUGACGUUUUUUCGAAGCUCUUAAGGGCAACUCGAAGCCCUAAAUCUUUAACUUAACAUUUUUAUUUUUAAUUGUAAACAAAGGAGGAUUUAAAUUACUGAAGAUGGCGUUGAUGACGGUGAAGUUCGACCUGAAGAAGCGCGUGAAGCUGGCGCAGACGGUCUGGUUCAUGUACUGGUUCGCGGUGAUGGCGGGAAUCCUGGUGUUCAGCAUGGGGCUCUUCUUCAAAAUCGAGCUGCGAAAACGUUCCGAGCUCAUGGACAACAACGAGAGCCACUUCCUGCCCAACCUGCUGAUCUUCAUGGGGCUGGUGAUCUGCUGCAUCAACGCUCUGGGCGGGAAGAUCUGCUACGACUCGCUCGACCCGUCCAAGUUCGUGAAAUGGAAGCCGGUGCUGAACGGUUUCCUGACGGCGUGCAUGGUCUUCAACGCGCUGCUGCUCCUGACGGCGUUCCUGUGCUUCCUGAUGAGGAUCCCGCUGCAGUUCACGCUGGCCGAGGGUCUGAGGAGCGGGAUGAGGUUCUACAAAGACACGGACACGCCCGGACGCUGCUACAUGAAGAGGACCAUCGACCUGAUGCAGAUGGAGUUCAGAUGCUGCGGCACCGACAGCUUCAGGGACUGGUUCGAGAUCCAGUGGGUCAGCAACCGGUACCUGGACUUCAGCGCCAAGGAAGUCCGAGAUCGCAUCGGCAGUAACGUGGACGGGCAGUACCUGAUGGACGGCGUUCCCUUCAGCUGCUGUAACCCGUCGUCACCGCGUCCGUGCAUCCAGGGGCAGAUGACCAACAACACGGCGCAUUACAGCUACGACCACUACACCGAGGAGCUGAACGUGUGGCGCCGCGGCUGCUCCGACGCGCUGCUCUCCUACUACGGCGGCAUGAUGAACACCAUCGGGGCGCUCGUCAUCCUCGUCACACUGUUAGAGGUGGGCGUGACCAUCGGUCUUCAGUACGUGCAGUCGUCGCUCUCGUCUCUGUCGAACCCCGAGGACCCGGAGAGCGAGAGCGAGGGCUGGCUGCUGGAGAAGAGCGUGAAGGACACGUUCACUGACCUCAUGUCCAAAAUGAAGAGCGUCGGGAAAGGAGGCAAAGUGGAGGAGGGAGGAGAGGCGCCCCCCGCAGCCAGCUGA